AUGGCGGAAAGAGUUUUGCUUGAAUAUUUCAAAAAGUUAAAAGAAUGGGUGAAAAAUUUAGAUGUAAAAAAAUUAGAUUUUUCACAAUAUAACAACCUCGAAUUUAUUGGAUUAGGAGGGUGUGCAACUGUAUACUCGGCUAGUUUUCAAGGGCAGAAAUUUGCAAUAAAAAGUAUAAACAAUAAUAUAUGCUUGGACGAUAAAUCAAAUAAAAAACUUGUUCGUGAGUUAUUUGGUAUCUACCUCUUACGAAGUGAAAAUUUGCAUGAAGAUCAUUCAGUGCUUACGUCAGACAUGUCGGAUGGUUAUA